AUGUACAUCACUCAAAUCUUGUUGAUCAUUGCCAAUGGCCUCUUGCAGGCCGCUGCACAAACUUCAACCACCUCGGAGCGCCCCUCAGGCCCCAUAUCGCCCUACCAAACCCCAUGCCAACGGGUGUUGUCGUCUGUCACAGCCAAGAUGACCGGCGCACCCGCGCCAGGCGAGGCCAUCUCUGAAAUCGCUGUCUCCUUUGCCAUCGGGGAGUAUCACAACACUCAAAACCCCUGUCAACUCCCCGUCGUCACUGGCUCUACAGCCGAGCUCUUCUCAGAGUGGGCGUCGAGUUGGACGAGCUGGCAGAGCGAGAACAUUCCAGGGUUUAGGGAGAUUUGGACUGCAUGCAGCAAGGAAAAUCUGGUGGGGGAUAUUGUGCCUGUUGGAACGAAUGUGUGCAGCAAGCUUGCUGCGGCAAUCACCGAAGAUGAUGACAAGGACAAGGAUAAGACAGAAACUACGAGCAAGAGUACUCAAGGGGGCAGAAGUGCAACUGAGAGCGAAGAAACCAGCACACAUACCGAGGAAACAAGCACAGGAACCGGCGCACAGAGCGAGGCAACCACUACUGAGGAGGACUCUCCGGGUUCUCGACAGACAGGUUCGAUUGGUAUGGUUGGCGUGGUAGCUGGUGUGGUCGUUGCGGGGCUGUAUUAG